AUGGAGAAUUCUAGGCAACCAGAAGUAGAUGGCAUGUGUGAUGAGAAACCGAUUCACCUCAAUGGAAUAUCUCGGGAGACGUUUGAGUUGUUUCUUGAAUUCAUGUUUGGAAGGUAUGUUGAUAUUUUAUGUUUUCACAUUGAUGAACUCUCGAAAUUUCUCCGUUUCUGCAACAUGUAUCAAUGCUCCCAUGCACGCGAAUUCGUUAUUUCCCGCAUAUCUUCCACACGUUACCGUUUCCACCCAGCUAAGUUAAUCAACCUCGCCAUCAAAUACCACGUCCGCUCCAUCUUUCCAUAUGCUUUUCAGCAACUGGCAGAAACCCCAAUCACCGAGCUCACUCAUGCCCACCGGGAGUUGAUGGGCAACGAAGUUUUUUUGAAUGUAAUUUACGUUCAGGCUGUGCUUGAUAGUCACCACCGGAUCGUAGCUGUGGAGGAACCGAAGAUCUUGAUGCACUCGAAUGAGUGUCAAGACCCAACUGGUUGCAACGAGGACUGGCAUGCAAUUUGGUGGAAUGGUAUGGGCCGGUUUCUUCUUGAUGGUAGGAAUCCACAGCUGUACGAUGACGCCGUCAAACGCUUCAAGGAACUGCAGUUUGGACAUGUCAGUGAAGGAUGCAAAGACCUCAUGUUCAAGAUUCUCCAUCAGGGAGCGGCAUUCAAGCACGCCCAACAAUUUCUUUCCGAGACUUGCAGCUUCCUAGUAGAGAAACUGGUUUUCGAGCCUGAGCCUCCUUCAUCAUAG